CCGACCACCGUCGUCAUCAUCGCUCUUCCUCUCUCGACCACAUCCCUUUGAAGACGUCGGUGAACAGGUUUUCACCCGGCGCAGCGUGGACGGAGGAGACAGAUGAGCAGCCAUGGGCUUCACGAGCGGCCUCGUGGUCCUCUUCCUCUCUGUGGCAGCGGCGGACUGCCGGAGGUCUUGGUUCUCGGACCAUAUCUGCGGCGUCAAGGGGUCGACGGUGGAGCUGCGCUGCAGACAGCCCCCCCCGGCGAGGAGACGCUCCGUCCCGCUGGAGAGAGUGACGUGGUUCACCGAAACGCAGGACGGCCGCCCCGUGGACCUGAGAGCGGACUCGGAGUACGCGGGCCGCGUGAAGUACUACUGCGACCAGGCCACCUGCACCCUGAGGAUCACAGACCUGAGAGAGAGCGACUCCGCCCAGUACAAGUUCAGGUUCAAGAACAAGCGAGUCCCCGGCGGGGUCACGUUAUCCGUCACAGAUCCGGACCUGCAGGUGCAGGUGAUAAGAUCAGACUCCGCCUCCUGGGCUCGGCUGUUCUGCCGCUGCUCGUGUCACCUGCCCGAGGGCCUCUCCUACGUCUGGCACAAGAACGGACAGGCGGUCGCCGGGGAAACGUCUGCUUUGUACUCGGACUACUUUGACCCCGCGGACGGCCUCUCGUGUGCCGCCAGGGGGUACGAGGACUUCCCUUCUGCUCCAGUGUGUGCCGUGGGUCGGACCUGCAACAGAGUGGCGUACGCCGACAGGAGCCUCUGCGCCUCCGAGGGCUCGUCGGUGGACAUCUCUUCUACGUACGACAGCCACGACGGCGAAGCCGAAUCCGCAUUCUGGUUCAGUCCCGAGCGAGGAGGUCAUCGGUGGCGACCCGAGGACCUGAGAGAAGACCCCCGGUAUGAAGGUCGCGUCGAGGUCGUGGAAACGGAGCGAGGACGCUCCACUCUGAGAAUCACCGGCCUGAGAGAGAGCGAUUCAGCCGAGUACCUCUUCAAGUUCAACACCCCGAGCUUUGAAUGGAGGAGCGGUUUACCUGGUACGACUCUGACCGUCACAGCCCUCCAGCUGCAGGUGACCCGGGUGACGGUGCACCCGUCCCACGCCGAGGCGGAGCUGAGGUGUGUGAGCGGCUGCCGAGCGGCGGGUCGUCUUUCCUACGUCUGGUUCAAGAACGGCGUGAAAAGCACGAGCGAGGAGAGUUCCGCGCUCACGGAGCACUUUCACCCCGGGGACGCCGUCUCCUGCGCGCUCAAAGGCCACGAGGAGUCCGUCUCUCUGCCACUGUAUGGUCCAAGGCUUCCCUCUGUGUCAGUGAGUCCCUCUGAGAUAGUGGAGGGCAGUUCAGUGACUCUGACCUGUAGCAGUGAUGCUAACCCAGCAGCUAACUACACCUGGUACAAGAAGAACCAACCACGUCCUCAUGGAGAAGAACCUCAGCUUGUCUUCAGCUCCAUCCAGUCCUCUGACUCUGGACAGUAUUUAUGUGAAGCUGAGAACCAUCUGGGGAAGAAGAGAUCUAAAUUCAUCUCUAUUGAUGUGAAAUAUGGUCCAAAGCUUCCCUCUGUGUCAGUGAGUCCCUCUGAGAUAGUGGAGGGCAGUUCAGUGACUCUGACCUGUAGCAGUGAUGCUAACCCAGCAGCUAACUACACCUGGUACAAGAAGAACCAACCACGUCCUCAUGGAGAAGAACCUCAGCUUGUCUUCAGCUCCAUCCAGUCCUCUGACUCUGGACAGUAUUUAUGUGAAGCUGAGAACCAUCUGGGGAAGAAGAGAUCUGAAUUCAUCUCUAUUGAUGUGAAAUAUGGUCCAAGGCUUCCCUCUGUGUCAGUGAGUCCCUCUGAGAUAGUGGAGGGCAGUUCAGUGACUCUGACCUGUAGCAGUGAUGCUAACCCAGCAGCUAGCUACACCUGGUACAAGAAGAACCAACCACGUCCUCAUGGAGAAGAACCUCAGCUUGUCUUCAGCUCCAUCCAGUCCUCUGACUCUGGACAGUAUUUAUGUGAAGCUGAGAACCAUCUGGGGAAGAAGAGAUCUGAAUUCAUCUCUAUUGAUGUGAAAUAUGGUCCAAAGCUUCCCUCUGUGUCAGUGAGUCCCUCUGAGAUAGUGGAGGGCAGUUCAGUGACUCUGACCUGUAGCAGUGAUGCUAACCCAGCAGCUAACUACACCUGGUACAAGAAGAACCAACCACGUCCUCAUGGAGAAGAACCUCAGCUUGUCUUCAGCUCCAUCCAGUCCUCUGACUCUGGACAGUAUUUAUGUGAAGCUGAGAACCAUCUGGGGAAGAAGAGAUCUGAAUUAAUUUCUAUUGAUGUGAAAUAUGGUCCAAAGCUUCCCUCUGUGUCAGUGAGUCCCUCUGAGAUAGUGGAGGGCAGUUCAGUGACUCUGACCUGUAGCAGUGAUGCUAACCCAGCAGCUAGCUACACCUGGUACAAGAAGAACCAAACAGGUCCUCAUGGAGAAGAACCUCAGCUUGUCUUCAGCUCCAUCCAGUCCUCUGACUCUGGACAGUAUUUAUGUGAAGCUGAGAACCAUCUGGGGACGAAGAGAUCUAAAUUCAUCUCUAUUGAUGUGAAAUAUGGUCCAAGGCUUCCCUCUGUGUCAGUGAGUCCCUCUGAGAUAGUGGAGGGCAGUUCAGUGACUCUGACCUGUAGCAGUGAUGCUAACCCAGCAGCUAACUACACCUGGUACAAGAAGAACCAACCACGUCCUCAUGGAGAAGAACCUCAGCUUGUCUUCAGCUCCAUCCAGUCCUCUGACUCUGGACAGUAUUUAUGUGAAGCUGAGAACCAUCUGGGGAAGAAGAGAUCUGAAUUCAUCUCUAUUGAUGUGAAAUAUGGUCCAAAGCUUCCCUCUGUGUCAGUGAGUCCCUCUGAGAUAGUGGAGGGCAGUUCAGUGACUCUGACCUGUAGCAGUGAUGCUAACCCAGCAGCUAACUACACCUGGUACAAGAAGAACCAACCACGUCCUCAUGGAGAAGAACCUCAGCUUGUCUUCAGCUCCAUCCAGUCCUCUGACUCUGGACAGUAUUUAUGUGAAGCUGAGAACCAUCUGGGGAAGAAGAGAUCUGAAUUCAUCUCUAUUGAUGUGAAAUAUGGUCCAAGGCUUCCCUCUGUGUCAGUGAGUCCCUCUGAGAUAGUGGAGGGCAGUUCAGUGACUUUGAGCUGUAGCAGUGAUGCUAACCCAGCAGCUAACUACACCUGGUACAAGAAGAACCAAACAAGUCCUCAUGGAGAAGGAGACAUCUAUUGUUUCACCUCUAUCAGCUCUGAGGACAGAGGGAUCUACUACUGCAAGGCUGAGAAUCAACAUGAAGAGAUCACCUCUUCAUCGCUAGUUAUAGAUGUUCAGUUGACAACAACAAUUUCUGAGAUGGGUCCAGUCUGGAACGAGAGCGGCAUUAACGCCAAGUCAAAGAGGAUGUGGUUGUGUAUCUCGCUCAGAAGAAAAGAUGGUCCAAGGCUUCCCUCUGUGUCAGCGAGUCCCUCUGCUGAGAUAGUGGAGGGCAGUUCUGUGACUCUGAGCUGUUGCAGUGAUGCUAACCCAGCAGCUAACUACACCUGGUACAAGGAGGAUGAAGACUCACCAACAGCAUCAGGACAGAUCUUCAUCAUCAAUGACUUCAGAGCUGAACACAGUGGGAGUUAUUCCUGUGAAGCCCAGAACAACAGAGGACGUAGUAACUCCACCUUCCAUCUGACUGUUUUAGCAGGAGCUUGGAAGUCAGUCGCCGCGGUAACCAUCCCUGUCGUUCUCCUGGCUCUCGUGCUCCUCGCCGUCUUCCUUUGGAUCAGGAGGAAGAAGUCUGACGGCGGAGAGAGAGCCGGCAACAGAGCACAGCUAAACGUGGACCUGGUGUAUGACGUCGCGUCCGCUCCGGCACCGGGACGACCAGCAGAACACCUCCACUACUCCAGCGUCCGCUUCGCCCCGAAGCCGGAAGAGGCCCUGUACUCUAACAUCAGGCCAGCUCACGGGCAAACGGAGGACGAGGUCGAAUACACCGCUGUCCAAACCGCCGGUGCCGGUAGCGCCGCCCCGCGAACGAGUCGGGAACGCCAGGAGGAUUCUUUUGCUCUCUACAGCACGGUCAACAAAUGAACCAACAUGGAUCUGUCAUUUAUUGACGGGGGUUUCAUUCUUUAAAAAAUAAUAAGAAAAAAAAAGAAAUGUUUUUUUAAAAUAAAUACUUGUUUGUGUUUGGUCACUCUUUCUGUAAUUGUUACACGUGGAUGUGGACGUUAUUUGUACAUAGCACAAUGCUUUUCCUCCCCCUUUGUGUAAUGUGUAUGAACUGAACCUUUAACUGCAACAAUAAUAUAUCAGCAUGCUACAAUACAUAAUUCAUGUUUAUUGAGACGCUUCAAAUAAAUGUUACGUUUGUCAAAA